CCCGGAAGUGCUGCCUCGCGCACCGGAAGCGAUUCCUCGGGCCACGCGCGCGCCCCGCCUUGCUUCCCGUGUGAGACGUACAGCUGAGCGACCGAGGCCGCGAGCGAGAUGCCGGUGGCCGUGGGUCCCUACGGACAAUCGCAGCCAAGCUGCUUCGAUCGUGUGAAGAUGGGCUUUGUGAUGGGCUGCGCCGUGGGCAUGGCGGCCGGGGCGCUUUUCGGCACCUUCUCCUGUCUCAGGAUCGGAAUGCGGGGUCGCGAGCUGAUGGGCGGCAUUGGGAAAACCAUGAUGCAGAGUGGCGGCACGUUUGGCACAUUCAUGGCCAUUGGAAUGGGGAUCCGUUGCUAACCAGGGCAAUGGCUCCGCACUACAGCUACACCUCCCAUCAGUCCCUGCCUAUGUACAAUAAAAUCAUCUUUGAGUAGCCUGUA